AAAUUGAAAUACUGAAAAAACUUGUUUUCAAUAAUUCGACCGGCUAAUUAAUUUGCUAAAAUGGACCAGUUUAUAGGCAAAUUCGUGCAGACCUCAAGUAAUAACAUGGAAGGUUAUUUGACAGCAUUUGGACAGGCGGACAAAAUACCAAUAUAUAACUCAAAGCCACGGGUACUGGAGGUGAGCAAAUUGGGCGCUGUCUACACGAACAAGAUGUUCACCAACGGCUGUAGUUCGGUGAACGAGUUCGAGUUGGACAAGGAGUUCGACGCCACCCUACCGGACGGCACGCCCUGCCGGGCGGUCAUGACGUUGGACGGCAACCGACUCGUGGAAAGGCGGACUCGACGCGGAAUUAUAGAGAUUGAAAAUAUUCGCGAGUUUGUCGGCAAUGAGCUCCGGAUGACCAUUACUAUCGGGUCCGUGAUUUCUGGGAUGACAUUCGCGCGCCAGUAGACAAUAUUAUGUACUAGCAUGGUGCAUUAGUGGUUAGAUAUUCUUGUGACAAUUUUCUAUACAAUGUUUCCAUGCUUAAUUCCUUUUGAUUGUCACAUUGUUUAAAUAGUAAAAUUAAAAACUUUAAAAUUCAAGUUUCGGUGUAUGUUUUAAGCUGAAUAUCUAAUGCUUGAUUAAAUAGAUUUUAUAAUUAUAAUAAA